GAUAAUAACUGUGAGUCCAUUAUGAUAUUUUCAUGGAUUUUUAAGACGGAAAGAGAAACUAAACGAUUGAUUGGACGAACGGAAAAGACGCCAGCCAGAGAAUAAAAGAGCGCUGGACUGUGUAAAGUUAUUCAGAUGAUUCAUAAGUGUUGGUGUAUGCGUAUUAAACGCUUGAUAGUCGCAGGUGAAGUUUUUGGGGCUCUGAGGAUCCGCCCCCUCCGCCCCCCUCCUCACAAACACCGGAUAAAACCGGGAGCCGCGCCGACACGACUCUGUAUAAGACACCGUGCGCAGGACGACUCGUAUUAACUGAGUUACUUCGGGAGAACUGUAGCUUACUGUUUGUUUGGUUUGUGAGGGAUGGAGGCGCUGCGAGUGCUGUGGAUUCUGGGCUGCGCGUGCACCGCAUCGGCUCUGGGUUCGAGACUCAAGGCACCCGCGUUACCCAUCCAGCCAGAGAGAGAACCCAUGAUAUCGAAAGGCUUGUCCGGUUGCUCCUUCGGUGGCCGUUUUUAUUCGCUGGAAGACACGUGGCAUCCAGACCUCGGAGAGCCGUUCGGUGUGAUGCAUUGCGUUAUGUGUCACUGCGAGCCGCAGAGGAGCCGGCGAGGGAAGGUGUUUGGGAAGGUGAGCUGCAGGAAUAUGAAACAGGACUGUCCCGAUCCGACCUGUGACGAUCCGGUCUUGCUUCCAGGACACUGCUGCAAAACAUGCCCAAAAGGCGACUUGGGGAGAAAGGAGGCGGAGUCUCUGUUUGAGUUCUUCCAGGAGAAAGACGAUGAUUUGCACAAGUCCUACAACGACAGGUCAUACAUCAGCUCUGAGGAGAACAGCAACCGAGACAGCGCCACCGAUUUUGUGUCUCUACUCACCGGCGUGACGGACUCAUGGCUGCCGAGCUCCAGCGGCGUUGCUCGGGCCAGAUUAACUCUCACUCGGACGAGCCUGACCUUCUCCAUCACGCUCCAGAGGAUGAACCGUCCAAGCCUCAUCACGUUCCUGGACUCCGAUGGAAACACGGCGUUUGAGUUCAGAGUCCCGCGGGCCGAUACAGACAUGAUCUGUGGAGUUUGGAAGAACCUGCCGAAGUCUCACCUGCGGCAGCUGGAGGCGGAGCAGCUGCGUGUUUCCAUGAUAACCGCUGACAACAAGGAGGAGGAGAUACAGGGCAAAAUCAUCAAACACCGAGCGCUGUUUGCAGAAACGUUCAGUGCGAUCCUGACGUCUGACGAGGUGCAUUCUGGGAUGGGAGGAAUCGCCAUGUUGACGCUCAGUGACACGGAAAACAAUCUGCAUUUCAUCCUGAUCCUGCAGGGACUCGUUCCUCAUGGGAGCUUCUCUGCAAAGGUGCCGGUCCGAGUGAAACUGCUGUACCGACAGCAUCUGCUGAGAGAAAUACGAGCAAACAUCUCUGCAGACGACUCUGACUUCGCUGAAGUCCUGGCCGAUCUGAACAGUCGCGAACUCUUCUGGUUGUCCCGUGGGCAGCUGCAGAUCUCUGUGGAAACAGAAGGUCAAAACCCCCGUCAGAUCUCCGGAUACAUUUCUGGCAAGAGAUCAUGUGACACUCUUCAAAGUGUGAUGUCCAGUGGUUCUGCUCUGACUCCUGGGAAAACCGGUGGCGUCGGAUCGGCUGUCUUCACUCUCCAUCACAACGGCUCGCUCGACUACCAGGUUCUGCUGGCAGGUUUGAGCAGCACGGUGGUCAGUGUGACGAUCGAGAUGAAGCCGCGGCGGCGCAGUAAACGCAGUGUUCUGUACGACAUCACGGCGGAUUUCUCUGCGGCGGAGGAGCGCGGCGGCGGGCGAGCGAUGGGAAGCUGCAGCCGCUUCGAGGCCAGGCACAUUCACAUGCUGCUGCAGAAUGAACUGUUCAUUAACAUCGCCACGGCUGAGCAGCAGGAGAGCGAACUGCGCGGACAGAUACGAAUGCUGCCGUACAAUGGCCUGGACGCACGCCGAAACGAGCUUCCGGUUCCUCUGGCGGGUCAGUUUGUGUCUCCUCCGGUCCGUACGGCUGCGGCGGGUCACGCUUGGGUCUCAGUGGACGAACAGUGUCAUCUGCAUUACGAGAUCGUAGUCAACGGCCUCAGCAGGAGCGAAGACGCCUCCGUCAACGCUCACCUGCACGGAUUGGCUGAGAUCGGCGAGAUGGACGACUCAUCCACCAAUCACAAGAGACUUCUGACUGGCUUCUACGGUCAACAGGCUCAGGGUGUGUUGAAAGAUAUUAGUGUGGAGUUAUUGAGGCAUUUGGACGAAGGCACAGCUUAUAUUCAGGUCAGCACCAAAAUGAAUCCAAGAGGAGAAAUACGAGGACGGAUUCACGUUCCCAACAGCUGUGAGUUUGGAUCCCGCGGUGAAGUGGUCGAGGAGGCAGAGUUUGACGAUCUCGUAUUUGUCCGUGACCCGGCCGAGCUGAGAAAAGACCCACACACAUGCUUCUUUGAGGGAGAACAUCAUGCACAUGGGUCACAGUGGACACCGCAAUACAACACCUGCUUUACCUGCACCUGCCAGAAGAAGACAGUGAUCUGCGAUCCUGUGAUCUGUCCUGCGCUCUCAUGUCCUCACACCAUCCAGCCUGAAGACCAGUGCUGUCCCAUCUGUGACGAAAAGAAAGAGUCCAAAGAGACGACUGCAGUAGAAAAAAUUGAGGAAGAUCCUGAAGGCUGUUAUUUUGAAGGUGAUCAGAAAAUGCACGCACCUGGCACAACAUGGCAUCCGUUUGUCCCUCCAUUCGGUUACAUUAAGUGUGCAGUAUGUACCUGCAAGGGCUCCACAGGUGAAGUGCACUGCGAGAAAGUGACGUGCCCGCCUCUCACCUGCAGCCGACCAAUCAGACGCAACCCUUCAGACUGCUGUAAGGAGUGUCCUACCGAAGACACGCCCCCUCUAGAGGAUGAUGAAAUGAUGCAGGCGGAUGGAACGCGCCACUGCAAGUUUGGCAAAAACUACUACCAGAAUAGUGAACACUGGCACCCGAGAGUCCCGCUGGUGGGAGAAAUGAAGUGCAUUACCUGCUGGUGUGAUCAUGGCGUCACAAAGUGCCAGAGAAAACAGUGUCCAUUGUUGAGUUGCAGUAACCCCAUUCGCAGAGAAGGAAAAUGCUGUCCUGAAUGCAUGGAGGACAUAAUGGAAAAAGAAGAAAUGGUAAAAAAGGUGGAGAAAAAGAAAAAUUGGAGACACUGACACCUUCUUCCUCAACGUUCAUCAUCCUCCUGCCUUGAGAUCAGGUCGUCUCAAAUGCACAACGGGACGCCUGCGGAUUGCAAAAACAAUCGAUGCAUGAAACAGAGGAGAGGUCCAGAAUACAAAGAGAUCGAGGACAGUUUGGGAGAAAGACGCUCUGAAGAUGAAAGCUAUCAAGACAAAAACAGAUAAUGCAUAAAAGGAGAACGAAUUUCAGCUGCUGCAGUUGUUUGAAUUUCCCAUUGACUGACUUUCUCAUGGGAUUGUUUGUUUUAUUUUUGUUUGCAUAUUUGACUUGGUGCAAAAUAUCCAAGACGCACACAUCAUCACACCUGUAAAUAAAUGCGAGUACAAUCACGUUGUACCACAGUAAAAAAAAAAAAAAGACACACAACGCUUCAAAACAAAUUGCACAUGCCAUCAUUACAAUCCUUCAUAAUGACACUCGAAUCCCAGCCAAUCAGCAGGACUGUUGUGAUGCAUCUGAUUGGAAAUUUGCCCUGUGGGUGGGGCUUGGAUGUGGAGGCGGGGUUUCAAAUACUCAUCAACAUAAACCCGCUCAUUUUUGUUGCACCUGAUGUUGCUGGUAUAUAAUAUUUUAUGGCUAUUUUCUUUUAGUAUUUUGAUGGAUAUUAUGAAUAUUGUUUGUAUUUGCAUAUUUAUUA